AUGCAAACGCAGAAGGAGAACGUAGACACCAACGCCGUCGUUAGCAACGCCGCUGCCAGGGUGCGGAUAAAAGAUACAAAAAAGUGUUUGGCACCGAAGCGCGGCUUUGUGAUUCAUAAUGAUGCAAAAACUGCAAAACAGAGCGGCUCAAAAGACAAAAAAUCAGUAAAAAGCAGGCGUGUGCUAGGUGACAUUUCCAACAAUCAGCAGAAUUGUCAUGACGACAACCACAUCGAUGAUGUGGUUUCAAAUCCGAAAGGUGUGAAUGAUACAAAGAAGCUUCGCGCCGGCAAGAAGUUGCCUUUGAUGCAAUCAAAACGAAACGCAGGGACCCAGCCACCGAAAGCUUUAGAGGAAAGAAAAGCACUGACCUCUAGAAAACUUAUUGAACGAUCACAUACAGAUGAAAUUCCGGAUAUUGAGCUUGCAUACGGUGGCCUUACAUCUCCCAAGUCAAAAUCAGUGUAUAUGAAGGAAUUGCGUGAUGAGUUUUUGCACGACAUCAUCCAUGACCAAACGCCAACGCUCUUUGACGACUUUGAUCCGACGCGCAUCUUUGACGAUUGGAAUGUUAGCCACGAACCCGCAUUUCAAUUGUGGACUCCACCAAAUACACCAACGAAAGAAAAAACGGAGGUGCUUCCUGUUACAAAGUCACAGCUGAUCAUAGAUCCAGAAGCUGAUAAUCUAUCUGAUCUACCUCCUCCCGACAAUCUUCCCGAAGAUGCUGUCGACUGCGACAUUUUGCUCGAAGAUAUUCUUAGCGUGGAUAUUGAGGCUGGGUGCAGCGAAUAA